CAAGAGAUGAAGAGAAAGAGAACUUCGUAGUUUCAACCUCCAAGAGCCCUCUCCGUCACCGUCAUCGCCGGCGCCGCCACACAUGGACGUCUCCGGCACCAUUCUCCGCCAGCUCACCUACGUCACCGGCGCCGGCACUAACGCUCAUUCUCGUGGCGCGAGAGUUUGGGCGGCGAGGCCCACCGCGAGGGUGGUGAUGGGUUCUGGUUUCUCCGACGAAGGGCAUCUGCAAUAUUACCAAGAUAAGAAGAAAGGAAAACCGGUUGUUCUCACCGCCAAGAAUAAGGUGAAAUUGCUCAAACGUGUUUCCAAGGGUAUGAGUUUGUUCGAUGAAUUAGGGUUCGCUCUGGAUCCCAAUCAACGUGCUCUUUUGAACGAUCUUCAAACAAACCUCACCUCGGAUUCUGGUGAGGGAUUGUUGAAAGAGCUAGAGAAGCUAAGAGCAGAGGAGAAGGAAUUGAAGAGAAAAAGGAAAGAUGAGAAGAAGGCCAAGCUCAAAGCCUCCAAGAUGAAAACUGGGCCUGAUUGUGAGUCUUCAUCGUCUUCGUCUUCUGAAUCAUCGGAAUCGAGUGCCAGCGAGUGUGAUGAGGUGGUUGAUAUGAAUACCUUCAGAGGUGGUGUUGCUGUUGCCCCUGCACCGCCACCUGCGUUGCCACCUUCCAGACCGGCCGCCUUGCUACCUGAGACCAUUGCUGGUGGUGAUGUUUCUAUUGGGAGUGUUAGUGUUGGCUUAAAAAAUGAGAAUCAUGGUGUUUCCACUGCACCUCAGAAGAGGAUUGAGGUGUGUAUGGGUAACAAAUGCAAGAAAUCAGGGGCUGCUGCAUUAAUGCAGCAAUUUGAGAGUGUGGUGGGUGUUGAAGGUGGUGCUGUUGUUGGAUGUAAGUGCAUGGGGAAGUGCAAAAGUGCUCCUAAUGUGAGAAUUCAGAAUGCUGUGGAUCAUGAACUAGCUGAGGGACUUAAUGAUUCGGUUAAGGUUCCAGCUAAUCCUCUCUGCAUUGGGGUUGGUUUGGAGGAUGUGGAUGCUGUUGUGGCUAGAUUUCUAGGAGAGAAUUACCAAGAUAUGGGUAUGGUAGCUGCAACUACUUGAUUCUGUGGAAACGCUAGCUAGUUUGCUGCAUGCAAAUGUAAAUGUAUAUCUGUAGCACUUCUUUCUUUAAAAUGUUCAUAUGUUUAUAUUAUGUAAGUGUUAGAUGUUGUGAAAUUUCAUUUCCUUAUCAAAUUACAUCAAUUCAAUUUUAUCA